GGCCCCGGUGUUUUCCGCCGGUGUCUGGAAGUAAACUGAAAACCAAAGCAGAUGAACUCACCGGGAUCUCUGUGGCGGACUCUCUCGGUGAACUCGGUGAUCCGGUCCGGCGGUUAGAAACUCUGCGGGACCGUCAGGGCCGAGUCCAUUUCUUCUUUCAGACAGAACUCACGGACCGGUACCGGUUGUUGAUCCCGGAUCAGGUCUGAUCGGUGUUUUGGGGGGGGGGUUGUUUUGUUGCUCUGGCGCAGUGCAGUGACGUCACAGGGACCGGAGCGCGCGGGGGAGUCUCUUGAUUCAGGACUGAAAUAUUAAAGUGUUGGUUUUCAUAACUUGGACCCGGAACGUAAAUAUUUAAUUAGUAUUACCGAGUCUAGUUCACGUGUAGCUGUAACAUUAUUAAAACGGACUGGGUCUAACGUUUAAACCGGGACCGCCGCCCCCCCCCCCAGACCCGGGGAAAUGGUUCCUCCCGGCGGCGCGUGAUGACGUGGCGUGUUUCGGCGGGUAGGUGAAGCUGUCCGGACUGAAAGACCCGAACCAAGAAGCUUCAUCAGGUUUAAUCCGGAAUAAAGCGGCUAUCCGGACCCGGGACGCCGCCUGUGACCGCAGCAGCCGCGAGGACAGCAUGUCCUCGGCCGGGACAUGGACUGGGACCAGCUGGACCUCCACCCCAGGAUCACCGCAGCCGUGAGGAGAGCUAACGUCAGGUCCGUCAGGGAGGCCCUGUGUGUUUCCGGUCCGGAUCUGCAGAGACUCACCGGUCUGUCCCGCUCAGACACCCAGCAGCUGCUCGCCGCCGCCGCCACGGCCUGCAGACGGCACCCUCCCACCCCAGCCCUCCUGCUCCGUGGUGGGGAGUCCGGCCUCAGACUCAGCGUGGGCUGUCCCGUGCUGGACCAACUGCUGAGGGGGGGUUUUCCUGUGGGGGGUGUCACCGAGCUGGCAGGAGAGAGCGGGGCGGGGAAGACCCAGCUGGCCCUGCAGCUCUGUCUGUCCGUACAGUACCCCACGCAGCACGGGGGACUGGACUCAGGAGCCGUGUACAUCUGCACCGAGGACACGUUUCCCAUCAGGCGGCUGCAGCAGCUGAUCUCAGGUCAGUCCUGUCUGCGUCCUGAUGUCUCCCCAUCCCUGAUCAGCAGCCUCCGGUUCAGUGACCACGUUUACAUCGAGCACGCCGCUGAUCUGGUGUGUCUGUCCCGCCGGGUCCCCCUCCUGCUGGCUCGGGGUCUGGUCCGGCUCCUUGUGGUCGACUCUGUGGCGGCUCUGUUCAGGUCUGAGUUCCAGGCUGCUGAUUGGCUGGAGAGGAGCAAACAGCUGCUCACCUUCUCCUCCACACUGCACCACCUGAGCCAGGAGUUCACCACACCUGUCCUCUGCAUCAACCAGGUGACGGAUGUCUUCAGCAGCUCGGACCACAGUUUGGGCCCUCUGUCCUCCAACGUAGCCCCGGCGCUGGGGUUGGCCUGGGCCAAUCAGGUGACGGUUCGGCUGAUGAUGCGGCGCCUUCAGGGGACGGUCGCCCGUGGCGACCAGCACAGCGCCCUCCGCAGGCUGGAGGUGGCGUUCGCUCCUCAUCUGGCCCGAGACGGGCGAGACGCCGGCGUGUGGAGGGAGGGGGUCCGGGGAGUCCUGAACCCUGACAGCUAGACUGAGUCCGUACCAGAGUCCCUGUUCACACGUGGGAACAUGUAAAACCGGAGACGGUUAAUAAACUGAGUUAUUUACGCUGUGGACACCCGGCAGAGCGCCGCCUCCGAGCGGCAGGGUAAGUGGUUCUGUGUUGUUAGAGUACUGUAGUACUGCGGUGGAGUACACCUGUGAGUAGCAGCAGUCUCCUCCCUGUCUGAGUAAUACUUCAUAUCAGUACUGCCACCGCAGUAGUACGUUGUGUUACUGCCAGUACUUCUUCCUGUGUAUAAGUCGUGUGUUCAGAUAAUAAAACUGCAGUUUCACUCUC